GAUCUGUUGCAAGGACUUUACAAGCACGGCCACGGCCGCGACUCUUGAGGUGGAAGGGGUUCGACUUGGCUGUUGUGUGAAUCGUGAACUGGACUGUGAUUUUCUCCACAUCUGCAUUAUUUUGCUGUUCAUUUGUAUUUUUAUUUAACCAUGGACAUAACCGAGACCUUGCAAAACGACAUUGUGAAGAUACAAAAUGAACUCAUCACGGCAAUUCAGAAUCAUCAGGUCUUGGUGCUUAGACAGCAAGUCAGCCCCUCCGAAAACGUCAGGAAGCAGAUAGAAGAAGUUCAGCGGCACAUAAUAUGUUUGGGAGAAUCACAGAAAAUAUUAGUUAGCCGGCUACGAAACGAACUGAAGACCUCUCAGUUGAAAGUAAAUAUCAACAAGAAAGAAAAUAAUCUUGAAAAAAUAAAGAUCAGCAAUGAAAAUGACAAAUACAGCAUCAAGCAAAGAAACUCAGACCUCAACAGGUCCCUUCUCAAAAAAGCUGCCAACAGGGAUAGGUCGUUUGUGACCUCCAAUGCUAGUGACAGUGAUAACUGUGAUCGAAACAAUGUGUUGCCAAAAGAGAGACAACCUAUGGUGGACAGUUCAAGUGAGGAGAAUCGGACCCCUCCUUGUCAGUCGCCGGUCACCAUCAACGGAAAUACAGAAUUUGAGCUGAGAGGUGCGAAACGACCAGCAAGUGAACCCUACCACAACUCAAGUCCAGGUAAACGGCCUAAAUCUACUCUUCAGGUCACCCCAAGACCAAGCUCACCUGUUCCUGCUCGGACCAAGAAUUUAGAUGUUUUAAGUAGUUCUUCUGAAGAGUCUUCGGAUUCCUUGAUAUCCCAACAAACAUCAGAACAAGAAAAUAAAGUAGACUUUGCUCUAGCUUUAGGUCUAAUCACUAAAGAAACUUUCAAUAAAAUUAUCAAGAAAAAGAGUGAAAGGAGAAGAAGAAGGGUAAACAGUCAUCACCAUCUUUACGAUGAUCUAUGGGAGCUGACCACGUUGCAGAAACGCUCCCGACUAAAAGAGCCUGAAGCAGAGGGAGAGUAUUCAGUACGAGAUUGUGAAACUCCUCUUAGCGAUUCUGAUCUGUGCUUUGUCUGUCGGAAACCAGGAGAGCUGAGAGAAUGCCAAAUUUGUCAGACAGGUUGUCAUACAUUCUGUGUAUCCAACCGCAUCUGUCCAGCCUGUACUCACCAGGCACCCCCAUCACCCAACAGUGUUCUCAUAGAAGAGAAAAAGAAACAAGUUGAAGAGUUGAGGACCAAAAACAAAGAGCUACACAAGACAGUAGCUGAACUACGUGAGAAGGCAAAGGACGUUAGCUCGAGUCUUGUGAGUCAAACGGACAAUUUGGACGAGCUGCACUCAAGAGAGAAAAAACUUUCGGACUGUAUUAAAGUGAUAAAAGAUUUUGUGGCCUUUAUCCAAUCUUCUGCAGAGACUGCAUCUUGAUUAGAGGAGUCACGUGAGCAACUAGCUACGUAAUAUUCAAGUCUUCAACUUCCUUACCAAACCUAAACCUGUGUGUAUGGUUAAUACCCUUCCAAUACAAUAUCUAGGUAUACAUAAGUGUAUAUAGUGCUCUUUUAAUGAGAGUAAUGGUUGUUAUUAAAAUAAUUAUGUUAGCAACAAAUGUAAUAAAUAAGUUGUUCAUUAUUUUUCUUGUUUACUGUUAGGUUAUAAAUUAUAACACAUGUUUGGUUGUAUCAAGGCCCCACUAGAAAAAACAGGCCAUGCUGCAGUGCGGGUCGCAACUCUAC